CCGGGUUCCCCCCGGCCGUUGGCAGGACCUGAGGGACCGGGGAGUCUCCGUGUAGCGUCUCUUUCAUGCACGGCUGCUGCAAAGACGCCGACUCCAUCUCCCGGCAGUACAUACACAUUGGGAUAAACAACUGAGCAUGCCCGAGGAAAAGCACUUCUUAGAGGGGCUUCACUGGAAGAGGCUCUGCGGAAACGCAGCGGGGACUCACAGGUUCGAACGCUGGAGUGCAGGCCCCUGCCGAAGUGAGGCCCUUCCCUGAGGUGGAGAAUGGCUUCAGCCCUGGCUUCCCUGGACCAAGAGGGGCUCCUGAUUGUGAAGGUGGAGAGGGACUAUAUCUGGAAGGAGGACACCGUCCCCCUGGAGGAUGACAUCGCCCCGGAGAGGUUCCACGAGCGCUUCAGGCAGUUCUGCUACCAAGAGGUGGCUGGCCCAAGAGAGGCUCUCAGCCGGCUCCGGGAACUCUGUCGCCUGUGGCUGAGGCCGGAGAUGCACACAAAGGAGCAGAUCUUGGAACUGCUGGUUCUGGAGCAAUUCCUGACGGUCUUACCCAGGGAGAUCCAGAACUGGGUGCGAGAACGCCAUCCAGAGAGCGGAGAGGAGGCCGUGGCGAUGGUGGAGGAUUUGCAGAGAGACCCCAGGAGACUGAGGCAGCAGGUUACACUCCGCCGGCAGGGUCAACAGGGGCUCCUGGAAGAUGCAGAGUCUCUCAACCUGCAGCCGAAGGAAGAGGAGCAGCGCGCGAGGGCGAACCAGGAAAAGGGGCUGUGGAGCCCCCAAUCUGAGCCGCAAGAGCCAUCAAGCCCUAAGGAGGCGCAAUCAAGCCUUGAGGAGGAGCUUCAGCCUCUGCGGGAGAGAGCUUCUCCUACUCCUCGGGUUCCUAGCCUUUCCCGGAAGGGGACCACCAGAGACCGGGAUAUGGCGGUCGCACUCCUUUCGUAUGACUCCCAGAGAUCCAAGAAGUAUGAGAACGCAAGCAUGUCCCUCUCCCAGGAAAGGCAGAACCAUCUGGUUCCUCCCCGAAGAAACCUCCACCGACACCUCAAGCAGGAAAAUUAUGGGAAUAUAAGCUCACUGGGUUUUGGCGUUUCCAAGCCUGACAUCUCUGGGCUGAAGCCAGGGGAAGAAGAAUUGGGUGACCUGGAUCUUCAGGGCUCCAAGGAUAAGGACAUCCUGAGAGGCUCCUGUCCCGAGGAGCAGGAAGAGACCGAAAGCGAAGCACCAACAAGGCGGGAAGAAGCAAACUGGAAAGACCAGGAGCCCGAGGCUUGGAAGGAUGAGAAGGUCGCAGGCAUGCACUGGGACUCGGAGGAAAUUAAGACUUUACUCGCCAUUCUCAGCGAGCCUCAGUUUUACGAAAUCAUCCGGAUCUGUCACCAAAACAGCCAGGUGUACGGGGCCGUGGCAGAGCGGCUGCAGGAGUACGGCUUCCUCCGGACACCGGAACAGUGUCAGGCCAAGUUCAAAGGCCUCCUAAAGAGCUACCGUAGAGCAAGGAGCGGCCACGUGCUGGAGCCCUGCAUCUUCUAUGAGGAGAUGGACGCCUUGAUGAGCUCCUGGUCUCCCGUUCUCCCUACCGAUGUCCUAGAGGAGGGGAUGUCUCUCCCUUACUACGGAAUGGGCCAUGCCGAGACGGACGAGCAGGAGCCCGGGGCCUGGGACCACGAGGUGGCUGCAGCCGGUGUCUUGUCUGAAGAGUCUGACAGUGAUGAGUUGGGCAUUGAAGAACCGGCCCAAGAGGAGGGUCCUUCAUCUCUGUUCCAAGGCUCUCGAGGUUUUGAGUUCGGGAAUGGUAUUAAGAAGAAUCCCAAGCAAGAAAUUUCUGAUGAAGUGAAACUACACGGGACAUUUCCAGGAAGACCCAAAAUGGAUGCUCCUCUGCAUCCUGAUUGGGAAAAAGCUUUUGAGAAUGAGUGCAGUUCAGGAUGGCAAUGGGAAAACCCCCAAGGAGAGAGGCAGCAGAGAUUGACACCUCAGGAGGAUUUAGAGAAAGUCCUAGGCUUCCAGUGGCCGUACCUGGGGGAGAGUUCAUUUGCGUAUCUCAAAUUUGGGAAAGGCUUUCCUCAUAGCUCCCACCUUAUUACCCAUCAGCUAGCCCAUCAGAUAAAGAAUCCUCACACCUGUAGCGAAUGUGGGAAAAGCUUCGAUCUGAGCCGGAGCCUUAUUAGACACCAGAGAAUCCAUACAGGAGAGAAACCUUAUAAAUGUCUCGACUGUGGGAAGAGCUUCAGUCACAGCUCAAACUUGUGUGCCCAUCGGAGAAUACACACGGGAGAGAAGCCCUAUAAAUGUGGUGAGUGUGGGAAAUGCUUCAAUCAAAGCUCAAGCCUUAUCGUGCACCGGAGAAUUCACACGGGAGAGAAACCCUUUAAGUGUGCCGAGUGUGGAAAGUGUUUCAACCAGAGCUCAAGUCUUAUAGUGCACCAGAGAACCCACACUGGCGAGAGACCCUAUAAAUGCGGUGAGUGUGGGAAAAGCUUCAACAACAGCUCCCACUUCAGCGCACAUUGGAGAACCCACACAGGAGAGAAGCCCUAUGAAUGUCCCCAGUGCGGAAAAAGCUUUAAUAGAAGCUCUCACCUUACCAAACACUGGAGUAUCCACAGGAGAGAAAAGCUGCUGCUACAGCCUAGACCUAGUUACACCCCAGAGGACCUGCAGGGGAGUAGCGUGCUUUAAAGGUGUCAGGCUUGGGAAAACCAUUUUUGGGAGCUCCCACCUUCCUCCUCUCAAAAUUCCUACUUAUCCUAUCAAAAUAGUCCAUCAGGUUUAGGAAAGAAUCUUUGGGGUUUUCCCUCCGCUUCGUGUAGCAGCUCUUCUGCUCCUAGUAUAUCUCAAGCCAAAUUCCAAAGGUGGACAGCCCAGGAGUCGGAAGACUUGGGUCCCACUUGCAGCUCUGCCACUGACUUGAUAAAUCGGGCCAUGACUCUCACAUCUGUCCCAGUUUCUCUGGGUCACAUGAGGAGAAGAUAAGAGCUGGGUGUUCCAUUUGUGAUUCCUGUUUAGUGAUUGUUACCCAGCCGGGCGACUGACUGUGGGAGCUUGUUGCAGCAGCUCAGAGGAGAGUCAGAAAAAUGCAGGUUCGACAUGCUUCAGGGUUGGGCUCAAAGAUGGGCGCCUGACUGGAGGGAGGAUGCCCACGGUGACAGCAUCUCUUCCUCCCCCUGAGAACCUCUCCUCUAUGGAAGAGUCCCUAAGGCCAGGGUCUCCACUAGGAUUUUGCCUGGACUCACAUCCAGAUGUUUGAAAAAGUUAUGCAGAUAUUACCAGUACAUUUGCAUCUUUAAAAAAAAUGUAUUUAAUUUUCGUUAAAUUUGCAUCAUUUUGCAUGUCCCUGCAUAAAUUACAUGCUUAAUUUUGAUGCAUUCCUAGAGUUUUUCCUUCUUAAUUCCUUCCCAUCUGUCCAUUCAUGUAGCAGGAGGACCGGCUUUCCAAGGCCCCGUGUAUAGGUCACUUCCCGGUUGAGAAGGUCCCUCCGAGGAUGGGUGAGUUCCAUCCUGUAGGUUCAAAUCUCUGAGCCAGUACUUAGACUAGCCUGCUAGGGUUGAGGACCCGAAACACGGGGCUACCCGGCUCUAGAAUGGAGCUGCCAGGCUCCCCGGAGGCUAGACUUAAGUGAGAUGAAGUUCAUUGAGCAUGCAACUUGCUGUAUACCUUUUGAGGGCCUCCAGCCCCAGAGACUUGGGUCCCAGAGACCAAGCCUCGUCUUCGCUAAAGGGUGGGUUGGGGCAGGGCUAGUAGGAUUUACAGAAAGCUUAGGGCUAUUACGGAUUUAUUACUUUAUUCCCCAACCCCCUGCAGAAGAGCCAUGCUUUCUAAACUCUCAUAUAGGGCAGGACUACUAUUAGGCUAGAGGGGCCAGAAGAGGAGGAGGAGUCAGUGGAAGUCAGGAAGCCUUUAUGUAAAAUGAAACAAAACCCAUCUCAGAGGCGAGGGAAACCUCCAACUAGGGGACUUGGGAGGGAGUGGCCUACAGAACAAGAAAGCCAUAUUUUCUUUUCCAUUUCGGCCACUUAACCCAGAAACCAAUUCCAGAGACCUGAAUACUGGAGCCCAGGAUGAAGGUUGUUCAUCCUUCCCACACUUCUAAUCCCACUCAUUUUGCCUCUUUCUUUCUCUCCGAGCACCCUGCUCAGAUGUCUAACACUCCCACACGCAAAUGCUAGCCCACAUCAGACACAGUUUCAAGUUCAUGGAGACAGGCACAGUCUUUGGACGCACAGGCAGAAAGACCCAACCAGCACAUAGUGCACUGGGCAUCCUCACUGAUCUAACGCAUGAGUGUCAAGGCUGUUUCAUUUAUUGGGCUGCCAAAAUGGUUAAUUGCCACACCAGGGCCUUCCAAAUUCCAGUUGGAUUACGGUCAGGCUCAGGUAGUGCUGCAAAACAGACCUGACUCCAGUAUAAUGCAUUCUGGAAGCAGAAGUCUUUCCUUCAACACUGCCAGCCUUUAGAAAGUGAGUGAAUUGGGAAGAGCAUUCUGUAAUUCUCAUUAUAAUAUGAGAUUAUGUUGCCCCAAUGUUGAGGACUGCCUAGGACUUGUAGUCCUAGUGACGUGGAAUCUGAGCCCGGCGCCUUGGCCGUCAGAUUUCAGAAAGAAAACCGAGUGGAAGUUUCCAGUGGACAAUCAGAAAGAGAUGUCUACUCCUCCACCAAGUGCCACAUUGUAGCAGGCCCAGAAGGAAUAUAGAGCAGAGGGUGGGAGAGCUAGGGAAAAUGAUCCACCAGUGUCAUUAACUGUCCCUGAUCAGGUCAUUUUUAUGUUUUAGAGAAGCCACUGACCCAUUCAAGUUUUAAAUUUGAAAAAGAUGCAUUUUUUUCUACCAUAAUCCUUUUGACUUGUAACAAUUUCAAAAGGAUUUUUAAAGAGAUAUUUUGAACUGAAGCCCUAGCAGUGGCUCUCAGAUUCUGGCCCUCCUCUCUUAGUUGCCCCCAGUAAGCAGGGGAACUCAGUAAUUCAUAUUUUGCACCAGGUUCUGCACAACUUUAAGCCGGCUGUGCUCUCUGCACAGGGACAGCCAGGAACACACUACACAUGUAUGAACAGGCUGGAACACAUAGAUCCAUCCGUUCAAACUGGUGCCCAGGCUAAAGCACUGGAUGGAGCUAACUAGGGGAUGGUGAGGAACCAGGUAGGCCGAGUACCAAUCAGGGCACCGGAGAAGGGGCAUCCAGGGGUUGGAUGGGGAACUGACACACAAUGCCAACUUCUAAAGAAUCCUGGGAAUAGAAGUCCAAGCCACAACUAGAAAAGUUCUGGUAAAUCUAGCAGAGGGUUUGAAGUGCAUCACUGGAUUGUGUGCUCAUCAAGGGCAGGGAUCAUUUGGUAGAUUUCUGUCUGCCCUCCUAAGUCCCUAGAACAAGGUUCACCGUGCCAUAAAUACUGUUGAUGAGGAGGUCUCGGCGAAGGCAGAGCAGAGCACUUAAAGCCCGCAACUAGCCUAGUGAUAAUGGCAUUUUUAUCUCCUCUAAAAGUCAUCUGGUGCUAAGUAACAACCCCCAGAGAAAUGGUCCUGGGGCCAGCUGAACAAACACUCCCUUUUUGAAGAGCCCAGCGAGCAGGUUUGAAUCGCUCAUGUCCCAGAAAGCUUUUCUCCCCUUUGAUUAGUUUCUGGGUUCUCACCUCUUUCCGAGUUUUACUACGGAGACCUGGUCUUUCCUGAGAAAUUGAAUCCAACCCUUCAGGUUUGGAACAUCAUCCUCUUCUGGACACUAAGCCCUGUGACAGCUGCUGACUUCAGAACUAGAAAGGAGGACAAAAGGACAUGAGAGAGGUCGGUCCCAUCUGAGGGUAGGCCAAAAGGUGGGGGUGAGUUCUGUGGGAAGCCCCGCGUUGGGAGUGAAAGGUUCUGAGCUAGGAAGUGGGGAGAAAAGUUGGCAGUGGGUGAAUUCCUGGGGACCGAAGGACUCAGAUCCACUUAUAUUGAAUCGACCCUAGCACUUAGCACAGUGCCUGGCACUGUGGUUACCUGAUAGGAUUUUCAUGAUUAUUAUGAUUAUUAACUGAGAUGGGAAGCUGGGACAUCUCAGCCCAAGGUAAAUGCUGGACAAUGUAAUUGCUAGAAAAAUACCUCAUGCUAGUGUAGGGCAGCUUCCCCACCAUGGCCAGGUCCACCGAGGACACCUCCCCCAAACAGGACAGAACUCAUACAUUCCACUCAAAAGUUCAAACUCUAUCGAUUUUCCUUGUUUUUUGUUUUGUUUUGUUUUUUUAACCUUCCCUUUUGUUUCAGGUGUAGUAAGUGUAUUUGAAAAGACAAAGGAAUGAGUGAGGUUGGAGGGCGAGUGAGGUUGGAGGUAGAAAGUGACGUGGAGGAGAAUAGGGUGAACACGGGAAAGGAAGGGGAUGUUAACGGGCCUUAGGUGGGCCCAGCUUUCUAAUCAACUUACCCUGCUGGACCAAUUAUCCUGCAAAGAGUAGAAAAAGUGGAUCAGCAUUGCUCUUUUCACCUCUUACCCCUAUCAAGGUAAAGUUCACCCCCAGGAGCAGCAUCUUUUGACCAAAGGACAACUAACUGUAGCCCAUAGGAGAGGUGAAUAUGCUCAAGGUCAAUAAAGUGACUCCAGGGCGUGGCUGCCCCUUUUACCCUCUACCCCUCGCUCUGGACCCCAAGCCCACAUAUGCCACGCACCUAGAGUGAGGCCAGGAUACCUAGAGCCACCCUGGAGGUAUGGAAUCCAGCCGGAGGAAAAACGGACGCACGCCUGUGCGCGCUUGCCUGUUUCAGUUUGCAAGGAGUGGUUUUCCUACUUUCCUCCAGCUUCUGCUUCGAGGAAAUGUGGUGGCAAGGUAGGGGGCACUUGGAAAGCCUUAGGAAAGUUCAUUGAUCAUCUGCAUUUUGUCUCUGCUCUUCUGGGGGUCUACUCCCUUGAUUAAGCCCAUCCAACCCACUGGCCCAACCUGUGACCCAUUCCUCCCCUUCAUCUCAUUCUUGUAAUUAUUCUAUCUAUCUAUGUGUGUGUUGAUGUAAGUUAGUCUUAACUCCCCUAUUAGAUUGUAAACUCCUUGAGGGCAGAAACCAUGUCUAUUCUUUAAAAUGUAUCCCUAGUGCCUGGUUCAAUGCUAUGCAUCCUGUGGGCACUCAAUAAAGACUUGUUUGACUUGA